GUUUUAUACUGGCCUACAACUUUCUAAAGUGCAACCUUAUUUGUACUUUUUUGAAGUUGUACCUUUACAGAGUUUGCAUCCUCGCAAGAGUGAGGAAGGAUUUCAGCCUUAAAUCAGAAUACAAAGGACAUGUAACUACCUCCAAGUGAAGGCGACCCCACCAGGGUGUACCCCCGUUGGAUAGGCUCCAACAUACCCCCGUGACCCGAACACAAAACAAAGCAGCAACAGGGAGGAAACAUAAAGACAAAGAAAGAGAGAGGAAGGAAGUGAAGAAGGAGUCGAGUCGUUUAGAUCUUGUCAUCGUAUCUCAAACAGAAGCUCGCCGUGGAGCGUCUAGCCUGGAUUUAAAAACAACACUGACAUUACAACACAAUUCUGCAGUCCUUUCACAUUGAUGAUGAUCAUGUUAUUUCUACUAGUACUGAAUGCGCUCUCUGCCACUGGUGAACUGGUCCACACCGCAGCAGGCCGGAGAGUCACCAUCAAGUGCGGCCUCAACAACUUCGUCAACAAACUAGAGUGGCUACACGGCAAAGAUAUAAUCAUCAGGAUCAGUGGCAGGAAUCGCAUUCCUCAGAAAGGCAAUUUUGACAUUGCGUUGAGGUCAAAGGUCACAUAUGAGAAAAAUCUGGUCAUAUCAGGUGUGAAGGAAGGAGACGCCGGACAGUUCACGUGCAUUGCAGACUACAAGCGUGAAGAGCACACUCUCGCCGUCUUUACCGUAUGGGUGGAGCCCCCGGGUUUCCUCCACGCGGGUGGCCAGGCUACACUAAACUGUAGAGUAUCCGGUCUGCCUUUGGACACGGUGGUCCAAUGGAGGGGUCCUGAUGGGAGUCAUCAUCCUAGCUCCUCGGCUAGCCUCAACCCCGUGGAGGCUUCUCAUAAUGGCAUUUGGAGGUGCAUGAUCACAAAUGAUGCCUCCACGUACGCAGAGAUGGUUAUUAGUGUUCAAGCCUCCACGACAACCCCCUUCCAGAUUUUUGGUGGUACUUCCCCGGCCCCCCGUGAGGGUUUAGUUCCAGAGCCGACCUUGUGGAGUCUGGCAGCCGGUGGCAGCGUGGUGGUGUUUCUGCUGCUGGUCUUGGUGCUGGUGUUGUUCCUACGGGUUAGAAGAAUGAAGAAAAUUUCCCACCAGACGAAGAACCCCAGAAAGUCUCUGAAUUCCCGACAGUAUUGCCAUUGUCGCUGCCCGCCAGCUGCUGUUGCAGCAGCACCACCACAGAAGAAGAAGCCGCCGCCGCCGCCGCUGCCCGCCUUCUCGGCACAGAAGUGAUAGAAGAAUGCAAAAAGAUGGAUAAGGAGUGAAGACAAAGAAUUCUUAAUUAUGCAGCAU